CUCGGUUCGAGUCUACGGAGCUCGGAGUUGUGUUCGAAUCAUGGCGACACCCGACCCCGUAGACCCAGCCACCCUAGAGAUAAAGACCCGUAGCAUAGAACAGACACUACACCCACUAGUAAAGCAGGGUUCCGAUCAUUCGUUCGUCAGGAUCUUUCUGACGUAUGCCAGUUGCUCGUCCUACAACUGAGCCGCCGUUAUCCAAUUGGCCUCCGUGAUAUCCACAUUUCCACGUUAGUUUCGCACAGAGAACGUCCGCUAUGUUCGGACAGAAGUCUCCGUGCUGUUGCCAGAGUCGGACAAGCUGUGAAUCUGGCAGUAGAGAGGUUCGUCACUGUUGGCGAAACCAUCGCGGAUGGAAAUCCAGAGAUCAGGGAGGACAUGUACCAGGCGUGCAAGAGAGCAAGAGAUGCUGGCUCGGCGAUCGAAAAAUUAUGCGAGUGCGCCACAGAGGACAGUUUAGCUGACCGAGGGUCUGUUGUCAGAGCUGCAAGAUGCCUUCUUGGUUCUGUAACCAAGGUCCUCCUUCUGGCUGACAUCGUCGUGGUCAAACAACUUCUUCUUGCAAAGAAGAAAGUGGCUCGUAGUCUUGGCCGUCUCGAAAGUGUUUCAAACUUUACCGAAUUUGUGAAGGCGUUUAGCCAAUUCGGGGCGGAGAUGGUGGAAUUAGCACACUUAACAGGUGAUCGUCAAAAUGACUUAAAAGACGAGAGACGAAGGGCACAGAUGGCUGCGGCUCGCCAAGUUUUGGAGAGAAGCACUAUGAUGUUGCUCACGUCUAGUAAAACUUGCUUAAGGCAUCCGGAAUGUCCAUCUGCCAGAGAAAACAGAGACACCGUUUUCUGCCAGAUGCGAAGAGCCAUGGACUUGAUACACUACGUGGUCAAAGACGGAGUAUUAGAUUGCAGUGAAUCGCAGUCUUAUUCCAAUUCCCAGAGUCCACAGCAGGAGGAUUGGGACAGUAGCACGGCAUUCUCCGCUUUGAAACACUUCGAGAGACUCGUUGAAACCACAAGAAUGACUCUCCUAGGACCAGGUUGUCGAGAGACCCUCACCGCCGCGUUAGAUACCGUUAUUGAGAGAACGCAGGAUUUCACUGAUAGCGCAUACACGAGCCACGAGCACAGAGAAAACAUCCUUCUGCUUUGCGAUCGAGCGCAACUCGAACUCAACACGCUCCUGCGAAUCGGCAACAGUAUGAAUUACGAAGGUGGCGGUGGUUCUCCAAGUUCUGAGAUGGAGCAAGCUGUCUUGGGAGUAUUACGUACUACCAGGGAUCUUCGCCAGCAGCUAUGCACGACCACGAUGGAACAAGCGGCCGAUCUUGGACAGGUAACUAAAGCGGGUCAGGAACUUGUUUCAACGAUCAGGAACGUCGCUUUGGUCAAUGACAGAUAUCUUCUUCAAGAAAGCAACGAAAAAUUUCGCGAGUACAUUGAACACAUUCUCGAAGUGUGCAAAAUGCUGAGACACGUUGCGCUCUCGGAAUCGUUGCAAGUUUCAGCAAAGUUUACUGAAAUUAACCUGAGAAUAUACGGUCCCCAAGUGGUGACGGCGGCAUAUACUUUAGCGAGACAUCCUACCAGUAAAAUCGCUAAGGAAAACCUAGAAGUGUUUGCCGACAUGUGGCAAUGGCUUAUGACUGACGUGACCACUGUGGCGAAAGACGUACUCGAAUUGAAUCAAAACCGACCUGAAAAACAAGUUUACAUGUCCUUACCACGACCUGGAAAACACGGUACAACGAGCAAACCACUGAAACCGGUAAAAUUGGACAGCGAGGAGCAGGCUAAGAUCGCAAAGGCAGGGCUGGAGAUGAAGCUGAUCACUUCGGAGAUGGAUGCGGAAACAGAGAAAUGGCAAGAAAGUGGAAGCGCCCUGGAAGAGAACAACGACAUCGUGAAACGCGCGAAGAACAUGUCCUCGAUGGCGUUCUCGAUGUACCAGUUCACCAGAGGUGAAGGGGCGUUGAAAACCACCCAAGAUCUAUUCACCCAAGCUGAGUAUUUCGCCGAGGAGGCGAACAGAUUGUACAAGGUUGUGAGACAAUUCAGCUAUCAGGUACCAGGGGGACCGCACAAGAAAGAACUCUUGGAAAAUCUCGAUCGUGUGCCAACGUAUGUGCAGCAGCUUCAAUUCACCGUGAAGAAUCCCACUGUUGGAAAAGCCGCCACUUUCACCAAAGUCGAUAACGUGAUACAAGAGACAAAAAAUUUAAUGAACGUGAUUUCGAAAGUGGUGACCACGUGUUUCGUCUGCGCCACAAAGCACAAUGUCACGAUGCCGCAGUACAUGGAGCUCAGUCCGACGAUACCUGGCCUAGCUGAAGAGGAUUGCUUGUAUCCAGUUAGUCCGCAAUUGUUACCAUCCACCAGUCCCUACGUACAACCUUAUCCGUUAACUUCGGCCCAGUUACACAACAUUCUAAGAGUACAACCUGGAUUUCCGAGGUCUGUCGGCGCGUGGGGCCGGCGGCUCGCCGUACAGGGGCGGAGAGGGUGCAGGCGCCGAUGGCGACGGUGGCGGUGCUGGUGUCGACGGCAGCAAGACGGGCUCCGCCCCCGGCAGCGACCCGUCCGUCUGACAGUUUGGGAUGGCCCGACGGGCCAAGGGGGACGCUCGCCGCACUCGGGUUUCCUUUCUACUUUUCUAGGAAGAACCCUCGCCUGCCCCACCGAAACGUACACGUCGGGCUCCCUCGAUUCCCUUCGAGAUCCCAAUGGAAUCUUACAGAUUUUCGACGGGAUUUUCAAUCGUACCAACCAAUCGUUUAUGUUUAUUCGGUUCCUAAAGUUUCUUAUUUAUUAAGCCUUAUUUUGCGAAUGAUACACGUAGCAUCAAAAUGUCAAUUUCGUCGAGAGAAAUGCCGAAUUUAAAAAAUUCUAUUAUGUUUGAAUAAUUAUCUUCUACUUGUUAAAAAAUAUGUUUAUCUAAAGUCAUGUCGUAGCAAAAUAUUACAAAUAGAUCCGAGAAAUCCCAUCGAAAGAACAGGAUGUUUUCAAACUAAUAUUUUUCGAACACACGCGAUUAUUCUAGUCUACAAUUUUUAACAAAGAACAGACGUUCAUCGAAUCACGUCGAGGAACGAGUAUCGAACAAACAAGUGUGGUCGAAUCGUCCUUCCGAAAAGUUGGCCGAAAUGAACGAUAAAGUUCGAUGAAACCUUCGUUACAAGUCAGAGGUUUCGAUUAACGAAUGAAAGAAAUUCAAUCUUAUUUCAAAUCUUACCGGUGCUAUCUAAAAUUACCAAUCGACUGGUUCCUUGAUUAACUAAGGAUUAUCUAGGAGAUAAGCUGACCGUGUAAUUUCUUACGAGCACAUUGUAUUUGUAUCCGACGAGUGGACUUUGAAAGCGCGUUUGCUUUUUAAAGGGAAUAUUUAGAAUUUAGAUUAUCGACGUGUACGUUUCUCAAUCGUAAUUUGCUUCGAGCACAAGCUACAUGUAUUCCAGCGAUUAGCCACGGUACACGCGUAAUGUUUGCGUUGCUCAAUAUAGAAAAUGAAACGGGUUUUCCGCUCGAGAAACGGUUCCGUGUCGCUUCGCGUGACUGCCAUGAAACGCAUGACAGGAACCAAUAAAGAAUCACGAGAAAUUUAGGUACGCUUUUGCACAAAAAAACGCACGCGUCAAACCGUGCAAAGAAUCAAGAACACAAAGAACAUUAAAGCGCGUUCGUUGGCAUUUUAAAAGAUAUACGAAAAAACUUUUUCCUUGGGAAAGUAACGGCUAUUUCGAUUUUCCAAAAUUUUCAUGUAAUCGCAUAAAAUUAUCUUAGACGUGUUUCGACGCGUACGUUUAAAAUCGUGUUUGCUCCGAACACGACCCAUUUACGGUUGAACGAAACGUAAAAUGAACGUUACUCGAUACGAACAAUUUUUCCUGCACCCUUUUUACUCUCUUCUUUAGAAUUUCAUCGUGCGGUAAAUUUUAUCCUACAAUGUAUCUAUGAGUAAAACGAGCAAGACGAGCGAUUUAGAAUCUAAAGCAUCGUCGAGUUGUGCGAUGAAAUUCAAUGUUCACAGCGGCAAUAAUGCAGCCAUAUCAGAAAAAUCGACGUCCGAUGAGCGAAAGGUAAAACUGUUUGGAAUAAUUAACGCCGUUGACAGGAGUCGCUUUACGCAGCUUUUAUUCGAAAAGUCCUUUCGCCGAAACAACGAUCAGCGUAGGUAACUUGUUCCCUUCGUCCGUGACAGUAUGCGUGCCUCUAUCGUAAUAUAUGUUGCUGCUGCUGCCGCUGCUUUAAAAUUCAUUCAACUUUCCGUGUGAUUUAUCGAACGAUAUACAUACGUGUAAUUCAAGUGGCAGCGAAGCAAAAAUUUCAACGCAGCACGUUUCAUCGUUAACAAGUUGUUUUGUCUUUUGCUGCACUGACUUUAAUCACCUCUCUGUCUCUUCGUUCGAGAAUUUCUGAACGACUCUAUAUGCAAAAAAAAAAAAAAAAGAAAAUUCUAAAACGAAAGAAACUCGUUCUUCCAUGUAGAAAAGUUGGUGCAACGACAAUAAACUCGAUCGAAAUGUCUUUUAAACAUCCCCUUACGCGUCUCACCAACUGAUUUUUCAACAAAUUUCCCCACUUUCUUUCUUUGUAACGACACGUCACAUCAUGUAUUUUUCACCGUUAACGCAACGUGCUGCGAGGGAUUACGCUUCUCAAGAUUCGCUUUUGAUGUUCAGCAGUUAACUAAUAUCUCGCCAAUUAGCGUACGGCAAGGUAUUAAACGCUUCGAUAGACAAAUAGUCUCGCUUGUUACCUGAACAAUGGCUAUGCGUGACGAAGCCUGGAAUCUGAUUCUUUGAAUUUUCAAACUUUUUGCAUCGUCGCACUAGGAAGCUAAGGAGAACGCAAACCUCUAUGAUUUUAUAUUAUAAUACCAUACCAAAUAUUCGUUCGGCGUUAUUACUAACGAAACGGUUUACUACUUACUAUAACAAUAGUCGUCGGAUCAAGACGAUAUGAUGUUACUAAACAUAAAUUACUUUCAAGUUAUAGAGGAUUAAUUUCACAAAGAGAUUGUUCUUUAUGCUUUAAAUUCAAAUCGCUUCCUUCUACAUAUGUAUAAAGGUAUUCUCCUCAACUUCGCACAUUUGACACGCUAAAAGCCUCGAUAAAAAUAACUCAGGGAAAUCAAAUUCCACGCAAAGAGAUAUCGCGCGAGAACGAAGACUAUUCGUUUCAUGAUCCGAGACUUUUGCUUUUUACACUCUCGAAUACCAGAUAAUUUAAUAAUCGACUAUCGGAUGUAGGCUACAGAUUUUACGAAUGAUGAAAUCACGAGAGCAAGAGCACAGCUCUUGAUAAUGGGGCAGGAGAUGGUUAUCGAGGGUGACCUGGGGGCGGCAGCAGGGCGGUCAGGGACGUACUUUGUGGCAAAGACACCGUGAGACGCGCAUGAUAACCGAAAUCUCGUGGCUCGAGCUCCGUUAACUUAAAACGAAUCGAUUGCUCCACUCGAUCAAACCCUAUAUGCGUCAACGUAUUUCUUCAUUCUUCCAAAAACGCGUGUUUCGUGUCGAAAUUAACAUUUGAUCAGGUCGAGUCGAGUCAAGCCAAGCCAACCGCCUCGACGAAGGUGUCACAAAUGAAAAUCGUGCUCGUAAUUGUAAUACUUCCACGCAGAGUCGUCUUUGAAACCGCUGACGAAACGUCUGUUCAUUCCCUCUCGUCGGAGAAACGGAAAAUAAUCAAGAUUCGACUUUGGGGUCUGACUUUGGGGUUUGACCUGACGCGGACCGAAAUAGAGAAGAAUCAUCGCGAUCGAUGACUGUGCACGAGCAACGUUCGCUACGUUUUUUUAUUUCAUCAGUUGACGGUCCAUCAAAUUUCUAUCCACAUUGAACAUUAUGCAUUACGAUUAUAUACAGUUACGCUGUACUGUAUAAAUAUUGAUCCGACAUAUCGUCCCAUGCGUUCUUUGUGCGCUAUGAAAGUCGACAUUAGAAAUCGGAAGGCGCGGGCACGAAUCGUUGCUCAGAGUUUCAUUGAAUCCGAUUAACAGCCAGAACCUGUUCCCGCCAUCUUCCGCCAAUCUCUAUGCGUAUUCGUAAAUACAGACCACAGAACGACCUCAAACGAGCUUCCUCUCAACGAACCAGACGAAGCCAAGCCCAAAGAGAUUUAAAAAUGAACGAGUCGUUCUGCCACGGAAGUAACGAUUUUGACGAUUAGCAUUAGCAUUAGUAACGUUGUAUUCGACAGGCGACUGAAACGUAAAAAUCGAUUGUACAUAGAGCCAUAAGUUAUAUGCGAGCUAAAUGUCGGCCAGUCAUGCAUUUCUCGUAUUUACAAAUAUAUAUAUAGAAUAUCGAUUCUGUAUGUAUUAUAUAGAGUUGGCACAAAGAAUGUGACCGAUCACAGGAGUUUAUGAAGAGAAACGGGUCGUAGAUGUCGAUGAUGCAAAGUCGUGCUAUAUUCCAGAUACGAAUGUAAUCGCGAUAAUUUGAAACGAUAUUAAUGUACUCUCUUUACGGAAAUAUCGAUCGACUUUACUUCACCGAUCAAAAGAGAUUGAAAAUAUGAUCGAUGUAACGACAAGGAUUCGGAGCGAUCGUAGGCGAACGAGACGCAUGCGAUAUCGACGAAGCCUCCGAUCGAUGAGUAUUCGUUGAUAGAUCCUCGAGAUGUUCCUAGGGUGUAAUUACGCGAAUUCGCGUUCUCGUAUUGCGUACGCGUAACCUCGCAGGAAUAUAAUAACCGACUUGUUAUAAUAAGUUGUAACACAUGUACGCGACGCGUUUGUACAAACUCUGUAUCAUACUUUAUCCGCGGUCUUUUAGAGUAUAUGAUAAUGAUAGAGCUCGAUCAGUUGUUAAGGGAGUAAGCUUAAGUUUCUUUUCUAUAAAACAGCACAAAUAUUUUAUAAGGGGAAACCAAGAAGCGAGUUUCCGCGUAAGCGUUCAGUUGGUCAUCUCAUUAUCGAAUCAAGUUAGUGUGAAUCAUAGAUAUCGUCAAUAAUCAGAAACUAUUCUUGGAGCUCUAUCGUCAGGUCUCAGGUCUCAGGUCUCAGGUCGAAGAAACCAAGCUUUCCCUUCGGCAUGAAGGUGUUUUGUCGAUCGAGUUACCAUACAUACAAGGCUUUCAAGGAAAGCAUUUCAAUUUUGAUUUGAAUCUUUUCAAAUAAUUCUACCGUUAGUUAUAUCUUUAAAGUUCGAACGAAUGUUGUAGUCCUUACUAUCCAAGGAAUAUGUUUCACGCACACUGAUCUUUGACAAGUAGAAUUGAACUUAGACGCAACAUUGGAUCCAUACGUUUCGCGUGAAGAAAAUAUGCAAAGGUAUCCAAAAUAUUUAGAGGACAAAACGAAUUUCUGUCGAGACUUUACUUCUUUAGUUGCGAAUUUGCAAAGUCAUCUGCGGUCUAUCUCUUCUGGGCAACGUCCAUCUCUAGCCGAAUUACCCCAACUAAAGACCAUCCCAAUUGCCGUUUCUACAACUUUCUUUCGUUAUACGUAUACAUAUACCUUGUAUCUCUUUCUAUACUUCUAUUGUGUUUCUAUUAGAAAUCCAACAGAUUUCAGAGUAUAGAUACACCUUUAUCUCUCGUGAAUUCGGUUUCUACAUUAAGAUUAUUCGAAACAAUGAUCUUCGAUAGUGCGUUCAUUCGAGAUCUGAUAGCACAGUUUUGCGUUGGAUCGGCUUCGUUGUUUCCUAUCUGAAGUGGAGUUCUCGUCGUAUAUUAACAUUAAUACCAAUGGUGAUAGUAAACAUAUAGUUGAUCGAAAUUCUAGUUGUUGUAUAGAGGUCAGUUGAUAAGUGUAACAUGUAUCGAUAUUAAGUAUAUUAACAGCAACAAUAAUGAUUAUAUGGCUAGCAUUCACAGUCGUGACACUACGGUAUAUUCCAGAAGCCUGGCAUUCGUAUUCCAGAAACGAUUGACGAACCCUUUUCGUUCAUCGCUAUUCGAACGUCUCGUUAGUCUCUCUCUCUCUCCCCACCCCCGUGUACUUAUACAUUGUCUCGAAUUUGUAAUUCUAUUCUAUGUAUCCAUAUGUAAUUCUACCUCAAUUCGUAGCUUAGAUACCUCCCUAAGAAGAAAAAGUUUCUACUCGUGGAUGAACGAUAUUAUAUUUAGAUGUAAUCUGCGUUUCGAUCAUUGAUCAAUCCCAAUUUGUCGGCAUAUAUGUAAGUUAAAAUGAAUUCAACAUCUUAGAAAAAAAUAAAAAAUCGGCGAAGAAAGCUGAUAGGAAAGGAGAAACGAGGUAUUCGUUAAUCGUCAUUAGAUUUGGUUCGAUCGAAUUCGUUGACGAAAACAACGAUUGUCACACGAAGCAACGCGCGAGACACAUUUUCCAGGAGCUCAUCGUUCCCAUCGGUUGUGCCUAUCUUCUUCUAAAUGUUAACAUGUUUUUACUGGAAACCACACACGCGCGUGUCACGCCUGUAUAUGCAAAAUACAUACGUAUGUACUUAUUUAUAUUCUGUACGACGUUCGUUUUGUAACUGUUUUAUGCUCUCGACAAAAACAGGAAAACAGAACAUAAAACUGGCAACGAACGAUGUACAUAGUGCAAAUUUUAAUGUCAAUCUAUAUAUACAUAAUACGCAUAAUAUGUACCAUUACGUGAAUACUAAAUACUAAAUACUGACGAUUGCUGUUAGUUGGACUAUUUCGUGCCUGCGGUGUAAUAUUAUCGAUGAUUGAUAUUUCAUUGUGUCCUGUUUUUCUUGAAAAGAAAACGACAAAAGAAAAAAGAAACUGAAAGAUAAUAUGAGUGAAAGCCGGUAUGAGAAAACCAAGUAGCCUUGUAACAAGCAUCUGAAACGAAGAAAAACGUGAUUCGUAGAUUUAAAAAGUGAACGAUCAGAUAUUCGCAUGUUUUUUUUUGUCCGAGUUAUUGUUGUUCUCCUUCUGUUCUGUUCUUGUUCUUUUUCUCCGUCUUUUCAAUUAAUCGAUUCAUUAGUAUAACUCUAAAAAAAGAACAGGUAAAAGUUGUCCAUUUAUACCUAAUUUGUCGCACAAUUUUCUAUUUUAUAAAUUCCUUGAGAUCUUUUAUUUUUAUUUGAAUCUAUUUUCCAUAAAUCUGUCCGUUAGCGUAUUCCCGACUCAAAUCUAUGUUGUAUGUUUUGUUUGUCCGGAAAGAUCGUGCCGACUUUUAAAGAAAUAAAAAACAUUUUCUUACUCAUUUCGAUGUAUUAAAACUCCAACUGAAAGAGACGAUUACAAACUUUCUGGACAACCGGUAUAUCAUUCUCUGAGUAUUCGAUCGAUCACGAUUGCAUCCAAACUAUUAACCAAGUGAAUAUUUAAAUAAUUAUUAAUACAAAAGUCACUAGGUUACUAGACAAUCGCAUUUAAAUGCGAACAAUCGAUUUUACAAUCUUAGUCUUUCCAUUUUUUAACGAUCGAGCAAACGAUGUAGAUGUCAUGCUUCGCACAUCGGUCAUUCUGAUCUGUUGGUCCUACGUUAGUCAGAUUUUAAAUAAAUAUCGAUGACAAUAAUUUCGGGUAAUUACUUUCACGUUUGUUCUAGCAAAUGUUUGAGAUUCUAAUAGAACGUGCGCACUUGAUAACAGGAACAUGUCUAUAUUUUUUGACGUUAUUCAAUCGCGACGUAAUUGAAUUUCCGAACGAUGUUAAGAUCGUAAACGAUCUAAGACUCCCCAGAAAUUUUUGAUAUUUUUCUGGUCGAAUAAGACAAUUUUUGUCGAGUCGAACGAUUGCUUGAUCGUAGACGACGUGAAAGUAAAGUCAGUGUUAUUGAUGCGACGAUCGUGCUAUUUCUUUCUCCUUCCUUAAGAAAUUAUGAACUAUAUGAAAAAAUGUGAAGAAAUGUGAUAUAUGAUUUGACUAUUAUUUUUGUGAGCAUUUAAUAAUAUUUGAUAGUUUUCUUUGAACAGUGAGUACAAAUAUGACAAGCGUGUUUCUUUUAAUUGGAGUUUUAAUGGUUUGAAUAUUACAAUAGAAAAAUGUAAAAGAGCUUCACGUAAUUUUAUAACAAAGUACAAAAUAGUCUUUUAAACUAACAUAGAAUAUAACAAUUGAUAUAUUAAAUGUCUAAUAAAAAAGAUAAAUUUAAACGUAUAGUUAUCACUUUAGUAUUAUAGAAAUAAUUUUUGUUCUAAAUAAUGCGAUAUACAUAUAAACCGGGUAUAACUAUAGCUAUCGUUCCAUCAUAAUUGUCAGUAUGUUAAUGUAUUAAUAAGAAUUCGGAAAAAAUGUUGAAAUAUAGUUCAUAGUCUUUUUAAAAAAAGGGAGGGAGGUGAAAAGAAAGAGAAUCGGUGAUGUUGCGCCAACAACGCUAACUUUUUAAUUUCUGAAAUU